AUGACGGCCCGCCCUACUCCUUGGCCCGAAUUUCAUUCCACUACACUUCCAACCAUUCUUUUCUUGCUAGCUUCACAGUAUCCAGAUAUCACUUAUGCUACAUUUCCGCGCGACCCCAAUGACAUCUCAGAAGGCUACCGCAAAUUCACGUAUUCCGAUGUUGCAAACGCCGUCAAUACUUUAGCUUGGUGGAUCGACGAACAUGUAGGGAGGCUGGAAGAAGGCACGAAGAAUGGAAAGAAAACGUUGGUAUAUAUCGGACCGAAUGACAUCCGAUAUGUGGUACUAUGUCUCGCGAGUAUAGUGACCGGGUACAAAAUGCUCUUCCCAUCGCCACGAUAUGGCGUCACAGCUCUACUAAAACUAAUCGAAGCCGUGGACGCAAAAGCUAUACUAAUUCCCGAGACGCCACUACCCAUCGUGACCGAGAUCUUGAAGAAGAAAGAGAUGAAAAGCCAGCAGAUACCAAGUGCUGAACAAUGUAUUGCAAGCAAUGUGGACCAUUAUCCGUUUACCAAUAAAUUUGAGGAAUGCAAAGACGAUGAGAUAUUAUGUCUGCAUACGUCCGGCACAACCGGGUUUCCUAAACCAAUUCCUUAUACACAUGACUGGGUGAGCAGCUUUUCGCGCACCAUCCGUUUACGCGCGACUCCCGGUUUCAGACGUUCAGACAAUGUCCUAUAUAAUGCAAGUCGAGAAAUGCGGGUCUUCACCACCGUGCCCCCAUUUCACGCUAGCGGUGUUACAUUUAUGGUACUGCUGCCUCUUCUCAUCGGCAUGACGCCCAUAUAUCCACCCGCAUACACGACGCCAGGGGAAGCCGUAGAUGCCACUCUCUCGGGCCUAGAAGCCCUGCAUAAGUCUCAACAGAUGAAUGUUGCAAACAGUGAUGCAGCAAAAGAAAGAAUCGAAAAGGUAGUAGACAUGGUGGUCAUGGUACCACCUUGCAUCGAAAACGUUUUCAAACACCCUGAGAAAUUGCACAGAUUGAGCCAGCGUGCACAUGGUUUGUGUUACGGGGGCGGCAGCAUAGCCCGUGAAGUCGGGGAUGCAAUUUCACACAAAAUGAAACUCCUCAACGCUAUUGCCUCUACGGAACUGGGUUUGUGGCCGCUUAUCCGCCCACGUAGCAUCGACUACGAUACCAACCUCACAGACCAAGAACAAGAGAAGAAAGAAGACUUUUCAGAUGGAAGAUGGGAGUACUACACCUUCCACCCCGCAUUUAACAUCCACUUUGACCCCGUCUACAGCUCGGACUCUGGUGACACUGUCUUCGAAGCCAUCAUGAAGGGCAACAACGGGAAAGAUUGGGGCAGCUAUGUCCAACCCUGGUUUAAACUUUACCCAGACAGCAGCGAGAAGCGACUCGGCGAUCUUUUCAUCCAGCACCCCUCCGACACCUCAUUAUAUAAACACUACGGUCGCGCAGACGAUCUUCUAGUCUUCCUUACGAACGAAAAGUUCUAUCCUACCGUGGCAGAGCAGCGCAUUGCAGGGUUCCCGGAGGUGGCUGAGGCGCUGCUUGUAGGUACGCGCAGACCGAAAGCGGCGCUUGUGUUGAGGUUGGAAGAUGGUGAAGUGGUGAAUGAUGCGCUGUGGGAGAAGAUUGAAGAAGUCAAUAGGAGCUCGCCGGUCUACGCGAGGGUGCAAAGGAACAUGUUGCUUCUGGUUCAAGAGCCCUUUUUGAGAACCGCGAAGGGAAGCGUAAGAAAAGCAGAUAUGAGUAGGAUGUAUGAGAGGGAAUUAGACACUUUGUACGGAGAGGAAUGUUCGGAAGGGAAGAACAGGAAAUGGUAG